AUGCGAUUCGCCGUUCGCGUCGCGACCAUCGUUGUCGCCACAUUUUUCACCAGUUGUUGUAUUAUACAACGAUUUAUUGCUGUUAGUGAGCCAAUGAUCGUCGCAGUGCAACAAAUCAACCGGACGAAUGGCUGCACAGAGAACCAAGCUCUCUCAUUCAUCGGAAUCAACAAAUCUGCCUACGCGCUUUACGCCAUAUACGACGAACGCAAUGGAAACAUGGGAUCGCGCCGCGUGCGUGUGUUAGUGCUCGGCCAGAAGGUGGGCGACUAUAGGUGCCGAUUUCCACAAGGGACCAUUGUGAACGCGGAGAAAUUAUACGAGAUGUCCGAGAAUCAUGCGAUGCCAUUUGGUGUUUAUUUUGUGAAUUGUGGACCACCGGCGAAUGAGACUGUUGAAAACACAGUAGAGAUUUCUCAACGUAAUUCUCAUUGGAUCAGAAUCCCAGUAGUGUAUCGUAUUCCUGACGAAACGACGAUCAAAGACUAUAAAUAUCAGCUCACCAUUUGUCUACCAUUUAUUUUUGGUAAUCGGUACUCAGGGAAAUCGCUUGUUGAGUUCAUGGAACUAAAUCGAAUCCUGGGUGUCGAUCAUGUCACUGCUUAUCUUAACGAAUCCGAAGUCAACACUAACUUGUCACAAGUGAUAAAGUUCUACGAAAAUAUAGGUGUUUUAGAAGUUGUUCAUCUGAACAUACCUGUUGCUCCUAGUAAAAUAUGGUAUCAUGGACAGCUAGUGGCCGUGACAGAUUGUUUGUACCGCCAAAUGAUGGUGUCCCGAUUCGUCGCAUUCCACGAUCUGGACGAGUUUCUCAUUCCCCAGAAGUCCGAACUAUUACCGCGCACUGCGCCAUUGUUGGCUUUGCUCAACACGUUAAUGAUCAAAAAUGUUGCUUCAGUUCGCGUACCUACUCAGUACAUGUAUUUGAGAAAAAACGGUGAACUCAUCACGUUGGAGAACACCUUACGGCGGAGUAACACGGAUAAAUCUUUAACUAAAUGUGUUGUACGACCAGAAAUGAUAUUCGAACAGGGUAUCCACCAUACUAGUCGAGUAAUACAGGACCGUUACAAAGCUGUCGAUGGCGAUGAGAACACCCUGCGUCUUUAUCACUUCAAAACACGUGAAGGUAGUCAAACAGACCAGCGAAUAGUGAAAGAUUAUGGAGAUCGAUUGCUGCAGAGAUACAGAGAAGUCGUUGCUCAGAUUGGACUAUAA